AUGCUCGAAGACACUCCUUACCUGUAUCUCGCUGGCGCUGGUGUUUGCAUCCUCUUGACCAACCUAUGGCUUGACUACACUACUCCCAACCUCAAAUCUAUCCCCACCGUUGGUCCAUCGGGACGUUUGACUUCCUUUCUGGGUGUCUACAGAUACCUCAAGAAUGGACAGGCUGUUAUACAAGAGGGCGUCGAGAAAUACAAAUCUGCCAUCUUCAGAAUUCCGAUGGUGGACAAAUGGGCUGUUAUUGUUAGUGACAGCAAGUCCAUAGAUGAUAUUCGACAAGCUCGAGAUGAGGAUCUAUCGUUCUACGAUGCCGUCAAUGAUGGUCUGCAAACUGAAUAUAUCGUGGGACGUGAUGUCACCGAUAAUCACUACCACGUUGAGGUUGUGAGGUCAGCUCUCACCCGAAGCCUAGUCGCCCGAUUUGGGGAUAUACGGGAUGAAAUUGUGGCGGCCUUUAACGACAACAUUCCUUCAAAACCCGGCGAAUGGGUUUCAGUAUCCGCAUUGGAGACAGUCAUGCAAGUCGUUUGCCGAACAAGUAAUCGCCUCUUUGUUGGCCUGCCAUUAUGUCGCGAUCCCGACUACUGUGAUCUUAACAUCACCUUUACCAUGGAUGUAUUCAUUCGCGGGGCACUGCUCAGUUCAAUGCCGGCAUUCAUUCGCCCGCUUAUAGGCCCUCUAAUGUCGCCUAUGUCUUCAACGUUCAAGCGGACGGAAAAGCAUCUCCAGCCGCUGCUUGUACAACGCAUCGAAGAAGAAGAAAUUCUUGGCAAGGACAGACCCGAUAGACCUAAUGAUCUGAUAUCCUGGUUAAUCGAUACCGCUCCAGAGGACGAGAGAAACAUGAGCUCGUACAUCAAGCGUAUUUUGGUCGUCAAUUUCGCUGCCAUCCACACAUCGUCCAACAGUUUUACUCAAGCCCUCUUCCAGCUUGCUGCCCACCCUGAGUAUCUUUUGCCUCUAAGAGAAGAGGUCGAAGCCAUCAUAAGCGAAGAAGGAUGGACUAAGGCCGCAAUGGGAAAGAUGCUCAAAAUCGACAGCUUUAUCCGUGAAUCGAUUCGAUUCGAAGGUUUAGGUGCUCUUGUCAUGACACGCCGCGUCGCCAAACCUGCUGGCUUUACCUUCUCUAACGGUACACAUCUUCCUCAAGGAACUUUCCUCGCGUGCGCCGGGUGGUCUGUUCACCACGAAGCUAACAUAUACCCAAAUCCGAUGGAAUUCGAUGGCUUCCGUUUCUCCAACAUGCGUGAAGAUGGGGCGGCGACAAAGCAUCAGAUCGUAAAUACAACGACAGAGCAUCUCGCGUUUGGCCAUGGGAGACACGAGUGUCCGGGACGGUUCUUCGCAGCUAACGAACUCAAAGCCAUGCUUGCCCACGUUGUGCUGACCUACGAUGUCCGGCUCGAAGGUGAUCUACCUGGCAAUCGGUGGUUCGGCUCUGCCGCCUUGCUCAAUAAGGAUGCUCAGGUCAUGUUCAGAAAGAGGCAGGUCUAA